UUGCCAACACUUACCUGUGCUUGAGAAAACCAGAGAUUUUGAGUGCAUUGCAAUCUACCCACAACCACUUCCUGAGUCACCUUUCUUUCUUUCUUUUCUUUGUUGUGAUCUCAUCAUCUCCUGAACUUGAGCCUCAAUCAUGGCUGCAAAACAUCAGGGUAGAGCUUAUCUCUCUUCCUAUGUUGAUGCUGUUUUGAACAAGCUGUCUUCACUUGAUGUCAACUCAACCCCAGAAGCAAAAAAGUUAGCUGACCAGAAGUUGUUUCAAAGAUUGAAAGCGAGUCUCCGUGCCACUCGACCUGUGCUUGAUGAUGCUGAGCAGAAGCAGAUCCGAGACCAAGAAGUCAACAAGUGGCUUGUUGAUCUCCAAGAUGCUCUUUAUAUGGCUGAUGACUUGCUCGAUGAACUCUCCACUAAAGCUGUCACUGCCACUCCCACUCAGAGGGAUCCAGGUAACUCUUCUUCCUGGUCUCACUCUGUUGAUUCAAUUUUGGAAGAUGGUGAUGACGAUGAGAUGGGGGUAGUAACUAGGAUGCAAGACAUAGUUGACAAACUAGAGUCUAUUGUUGAAGAGAAAGAUGAUCUUGAUCUGAAACAAGGGGUUGCCAAAGAUCUGGAGGACAUGUCAUGGAGAAUUCAAUCAUCUCUGCUUGAAAGUCCUGAUAUAUAUGGCAGGAACGAUGACAAGGAGGCCAUCAUAAAAUUGUUAUUAGAUGAAACUUGUGAUGAUAAAUUGUCUGUGAUCUCUAUAGAAGGUAUAGGUGGAAUUGGAAAGACUACUUUGGCUCAGUGGGUUUACAACGAUGCCAGAUUGAAGGACAAGUUUACCAUUAAUGCAUGGGUGUGUGUUGCAAUAAAAUUUGAUCCUGUUAAUGUUACCAAGGCUAUAAUUGAAGACAUAGCUUCUUCUCCUUGUAAUAUGGUUAACUUGAAUUCAAUUCAAACAGAAUUGAAGGAAAAGUUAACGGGAAAGACAUUCUUAGUAGUUUUAGAUGAUGUUUGGGAUAAUCAGCAAAAUUUGUGGGACAAUUUUCUAAAACCUUUUUUGAGUGGAAAUAAAGGAAGUAAAAUUCUUUUAACUACUCGUAAUAAAAACGUUGAUUCUAUAGUGUCAACUUCAAAUCUACAUUAUAAACUAGAUACAUUGUCUAACGAAGAUUGCUGGUCUUUGUUUUUGAAACAUUCAACUAUUUCUACUAGUUCUAGACAAUAUGUAAUCUUAGAACAAAUUGGUAAAAAAAUUGUUGAAAAAUGCAAGGGAUUACCUUUGGCUGUGAAGACACUUGGGGGUUUAUUGCGCAGUAAGGAUAAAGUAGAGGAUUGGGAGAAUAUACUGAGAAGUGAAAUUUGGGAGCUUCCGGAAGAUGAGAGUAAGAUUGUUGCUGCAUUAAGAGUUAGUUAUCACUAUCUUCCUUCAAAUUUAAAGCGGUGUUUUGUUUAUUGCUCGUUAUAUCCCCAAGAUUAUCAAUUUGACAAAGAUGAAUUAAUCUUGCUGUGGAUGGCUGAAGGUCUCUUACAACCAAUGGAAAAAAACACAUUAGAAAAUAUUGGUUGUGCUUAUUUCGAUGAAUUUGUUGCACGAUCAUUUUUUCAACUUUCUAGUGCUGAUGCUGGAUUAUUUGUAAUGCACGAUCUCAUGCAUGAUCUAGCAACAUCAGCAACAUCCUUUGCUGCAAAAUUCUUUUUCAGAGUCGACAAAUUUAGCAAUCCACACAUGGCAGACAGCAAAACCCGUCAUUUGUCAUAUAAUCGGGGUCGAAUCUCAAAAUUUCCAGAGGCCUAUAAUGGAGCAAUCUAUAUGAGAACAUUUCUACCUAUUGAUGUUCAAUCAAAUGAUAUUGAAAGUGAUUUUUGGCUACAACAAUUAAAGUGUUUAAGAGUUUUGUCAUUUCGUGGCUUUAAAAUCCUGUCAUUGCCUGAUUCAAUAGGUGAGUUGAUCCAUUUGCGUUAUUUGGAUCUCUCUGAAACACCUAUUGUCACAUUGCCUGAAUCGUUGUGUAGAUUAUACCAUCUCCAAACAUUGAAGUUGAGGGAUUGUGAGAAGCUAGAGAUGCUUCCUAGCCGCAUGCAAGAUCUUGUGAACCUACGCCAUCUUGAUAUCAGGGGAGCUUAUCGUUUAGAAGAGAUGCCAAAAGGAAUGAGUAAGUUAAAGCAUCUGAACUUCUUAAGUGGUUAUAUUGUAGGGGAGCAAGUGGAGAAUGGGAUAAGAGAACUGGGAGCACUUGACGAUCUUCAUGGCUCACUUUGCAUUUCCAAAUUAGAGAAUUUGAAAGACAGCGGUGAAGCCUUGGAGGCAAAGAUGGGUAACAAGAAGCACAUCAACAUUUUAGAAUUGAAAUGGAUUUCAGAUGAUGAUGAUGUUUUUCAAAAAGAGAGAAACAUACUUGUGGAGUUACAACCUCACCGAAACUUGAAAGAGUUAUCAAUUGAUGGUUAUAGGGGUGAAAUAUUCCCCGAUUGGUUAGGCUUUUCUUGCUACUCCAAUAUCACUGAGUUGAGUCUGAUUCGUUGUAAGAAUUGCGGUCAGCUUCCUUCACUGGGACAGUUACCGUCUCUGCAGCAUCUCAGGAUUUUUGAACUGGAUGGUUUAGAGAGAAUUGGUGAUGAGUUUUACAACAACGCUGGAUCAUCUCAUCAUGGGACACCCUUCAGAUCUCUUGAAACUCUGGAAUUUUGUGAUAUGCCUCGCUGGCGGGAGUGGCAUAUUCCUAAUGGGUUUGAUGGAUUUCUGAAACUUAAAAGCCUUUCAAUACAAGACUGUCCGGUGUUAAGUGGAGAUCUGCCUGCUGACCUACCGGCUCUGGAGAAACUUACCAUUAGGAAUUGCGAAGAGCUUGCAUGUUCACUGCCGCGAGCUCCCAAGCUUCACCAAUUAAUUGUAAUGGGUUCUGGGCUGUUCUGGUAUGGGUAUGUGGCACCGCAUGAUGUAGUAAUUAAAAAUACUCAGCUGGCGAAGUCCAUAUUGGAGUGGCUGCCCCACUUCCAAUCGCCGUGUCUCGAACGUUUGAAAAUCCACAAGUGUUCGUCAGCCAUAUCAAUUUCAGGAGACUCUUUGCCGGAUUCAUUACAAUUUCUGAAAAUCUCGGGUUGUUCAAACUUAACAAUCUCAGAGCCACUGCAACACAAGUCCCUAACGGAGAUAAUUGUAUCGGGGUGUGAUUCACUGACGAUGUUUCCAUUGGGGGCCCUUCCAAAUCUCAAGACACUCUAUAUCUCAAGUUGCCGCCGUUUAGUAUCCGUGCCGGCGCUAGGCUGUGCUGCACCCCACCUAGAUAUACUGGAAAUACAUGAAUGCCCAGAAAUGGAUUGUUUUGGAGAGGAGUGCCUCCCGCCGAGCUUGACAACUCUUCGGAUCAGAAGAUGCCAGAAACUAGAGAGGUGGAUAACUUGGAGGGGUUUGCAGAGUGAAGGCCUUACACGUCUUUUGCUUCAUCGAUGGAAUGAAGUUAAGUGGUUCCCAAGAGAGGGUUGCCUUCCUGCUUCCCUCCAGUAUCUACAUUUGUCGUCUUUUUCAAAUCUGGAGACGCUAGACUGCAGGGGCCUUCACCAACUCACCUCCCUCAAACAAUUAAAAAUUGAAAACUGUCCAAAGCUGGAGAAUAUCACACAACAAAACCUGCCUGCCUCCAUAUCAAAACUCCGCAUCAAAGGAGAAUGUCCAUUGGGGAGCAAGCUGGAAGAGAUGAACGACCCACGGAUUCAAUGCGAAACAGACUCAGAUUAUGAUUCAGACUCGAGUCAUGAUUGCUAGAAGAGAUGAACGACCCAGACUAGGAGGAUGAGUUUCGUGCAUUCUGAUUUUCCACCAUUUCUUCACGGACUCUUAAUAUGUUACGUAGCAGGUGCGUUCGUACUUUAUGAAAUACAUUAUUCUCUUUGAUUUGCAAACUCAUACCAAUUUCGAAUUACCAAAACAGAACAUACUUUAGUUAUGCCAUUCAAUUUCACUUUUCUAUUUCUGUCAGAUUUGACUUCAUAGAAUUUUGCUUUUCAUUUUAAAACUUUUGGGCUCUGUUUGUCUUAUAGAAUUCUGUUAUGUGUUGCUUGUCAGAAUUUUUCAUCUUUAAUCCAUAUUUGAUUAAACCAAGGUUCUUGAAGAGAGAAAAACCCACAAAUUCAAUCCAAAAGUGAUGACAAAUGUAAUUAGGAAGCAAACGGCUUACUUUACUUAUAUCAUCUUCUCUGUUUCUUACAUUUGUGUCAUUUUGGGUACUUCCUAGACAAGUUUUAGAUUUCGAAGAUGCUCCAGUUUUUAAUUCAAUUUGACAAGUUUUUUUUUUCUUUUUUUAAAAUUUUCCCCACAUACUCUUGCAUUGGGUCUUCCUCAUUUGACCUCAUCAAAUUCUAUUAUGUGUUGCUAAUCUCACUUUUAUUAUCAUCUUCAAUCGAAAUUGAUCUGCCCAACAUUCUUGCAGUUAAUUCAAUUUGCAGUUUUUUGUUUUUUCUAGUUAUGACUAAGAAAAUAUAUUUUUUCGAGUUAUUUUUUUUCAAAGAUCUUUUAGAAAAAGAAAAAUAAUUUUAUGUUUGGAUAUCUCAUUCAAAUUAUUCAUUCAAGUUUCAUGGUCAACCAUCACUAGUUCAUUCCGUCCAAACUCAGUUUUACCAGGGAAUACGGUGAGUUUUACUUGGGAACUUAGGAACAAGAUUAUAAGAGUUGAUCGUAACUCAAAUUUAGUUAGGGUUUUAAUUUCUUCUUUACACUUUCUGUUUGAGUCUGUUUUGAAUCUCUUUCUCUAUUGACUAGUUUCCUCACAUAUAUAAGAUUGAUAUGAAAUGGAAUUGAUGAUCCAACAUUUUCAACGGGUAAUUUGUUUUAUUCUCUCUAGAAGUUAUUGCAUGUUGUCCAAAUGUUUACUUUAUGUACCAAGAUUUUCUUUUGCAUAAGAAAAUUCAUGUAGAUUUUUUUAAUUUUAUUUUCUUCAAGUGUUUAAUGCCUGAGCAUGUGACUGAAUUGUGAUGAUUAAUUCAGACACUCAAACUUUGUUGAUAAAUGUGGUGUUUUUUGUUUCCUUAGUGAAAUCGGCAUUAUACUUAUUGUAUGAAUUAUUUGUUGAUGUUGUAAUAAUCUUGGAUUUCAUCGAGCUAACCUGAUAUUACAUCAGAGUAACUUGAAUUUCUCCGUUCAACCAUGGGCUUGAUCUAUAGCUGAACUCACAAAUGGAACAUCAAAGUGGAUUAUCCUAGUAGACAUGCUGUGCCUUCUCAUUCUGCUGUUUUAAUGGAAGCCGAAGAGAGAACUUCUGUGGUUUCACUUUUGCUGCGUGCAAGGGCGUAAAAGUCAAUCAAUUUUACAUUGUAUAAAUGUGUGCUGGUGUUUACCAUAAUCUCUCCAAUUUGAAUUAAUCAAUCAAGGGUGACAAGGGGCAUCACAUUGACUGAAAUAGCAGCAACAGUCUAAUGCCUGAGAAUGUUGAAGAUGUUCACCACUGAAAAGUGGUCAAUGGCACAUAAUCCAGUCUUACAGAAUAUAUCUAAACAUUUUAAUUUUUAAAUUCGAUUUUCUUUUUGCGAGGGAUAAAAUAAUUAAGAAUAAAUUGCUUGUGUCUCACAUGAAACCAAUGUCAAAUCUGUUUCUGAAAAUGGUGAGUUUUUACCAAGGAAUACCCUGAGUUUGAGGUGGGGAUGUUAGGACUUUAGAGUUCCUUUGUAACUUUCUAUUCUGUAUUUUUAGUCAGGGUGUUAGUGUCUUUUUUACACUUUCUGUUUGAGUCCUGUUUGAAACUCUUUCUACAUAUGUAUCUUGUGCAUAACGAAUGAGGCCAUUCAGUUUCAUAUCAUCUACUGUCUCACAAAGUCUUUAAGCAAUUUUUUUUCUACACAUUUUGGUUUACAUUUUUAUUUUGCAGCUCCUUCAACAAUGCCUAGUGUCAAUAGGGGCAUCGAGAUAUCGAAGUGAGAGAUAAUAUAGUUUCUGUUUGCUUAGUUUGGUUAUGCAAUUUUUAUUUACUCACUAUUUGUGAUGUAAAUUUGUGUUCUCUACUUUAUUUGUAGAAAUGUGAGCCUAUAUGAACAAACAUUAUUAUAUAUUUCUAUCAUAUGUGGCAACUGAAGUUUCAUGUUUACAAUAGUUACAUUUUACUGCAGUAAGUUAGUUUCCUCUCUGCACUUGGCAGAUCCUCUAAAUCAAGUUUGAGGGU